AGGCCAGUGUGUGCAGAGGUGAAGCUCUUGUCUAGUAUAUGUGAUGUCAACACUUACAUAACAGAUCUCUAGACGGCAGCUGAAUCCAGAGCAAACCAAAGACCAAACUCAUCAGAUAAACCAAAUACACAACUUAUGUUGUUCCAAUGAACACAGAGAAAUAUUAAAACUUAAGUCAAUGUUUGGUUUACAACAAGACUGACAACACCUCAUGGAGUCCUCACCACAUGCUGGAGUACUCCAGUCCGUCGCCAGUCUGCACCGCUCCCACCAACAGGCCCUGCUUGGGCUAUAAAAAUAAAACAAAAUAAGGAGUCCAUAGACCCCUACAUGUUCAUGCCCUUUGGCGCUGGACCCAGGAACUGCAUCGGGAUGAGAUUCGUUCAGGUGACCAUGAAACUGGCCAUCGUGGAGAUCUUGCAGAGGUUUGACGUCUGUGUGUGUGAAGAGACACAGGUUCCUGUGGAGCUCGGCAUCAGUGGUUUCCUUGCUCCCAAAGACCCCAUCAAACUGAAACUCAUCCCAAGAAUUCUCUCAAAUGAGAUUUGUAACAACAACAAGUCAUGAACAUUCCAGAACAGUCCUAAAAUACACACUUCUCUUUCUGAGGAGAACAUUAUAUUUGUCUUUUAAAAUAAAAGUAGUUGCUAGUCUUUGGUGAAGAGGAAGGUUUGACUCUCAAGUCUUUUGGCACUCAAGGUUAAUUGACUUUAGUGAUUGUUGGAUUGACUCAACAAUCGUCCCUUGGGUUUACUUUGUGAC